AUGACAACAUCAGAUACAGUUUUUUUAUUGAUUUCUUGGAUCUUCAUAAAUAUUAGCAUUCCUAAAGGUCAUUGUUGCCCUUAUAAUGAUUAUGAAUAGGCCUUAUUAUCGGUUGAAUUUCCAUUUGAGAAAAACUUCUUUGAAGCUUUUGUUAUUUUAGAAGUAGGAGAUUCAUUUGGUUUUGGAUUUUGGAGUCUUUGCAUUCCACAAUAAACUUUUAAGAAUAUUCCUUAUGUAGAAAAAGAAUUCCUUGUAAAUGAUGAUGAAAUAGGCCAAUUAUUAUUUUUAGUGAAGGGAAGUACAAGUAAUUCAGUGUUAGGAUUUGUUCAAAUAGAUUACUUAAAUUUGCUUGUUUAUCAUACAAUAAUUAUUUUAGGAAGUACUGUGUAAGUCUUACGCUUCGAUUAUUAACCAAAAUUUUAUAAAGGCUAAUGGAUUUUGAACGUCAUAACUUUUAAUUUCAAUGAUGGGAAAAUAAUUAUUCAAAUGACAGAUUAAAUGAGUCAAAGUGGGACAAUGAAUAUUGGAUAAGACUACAUUUAAAUAAUUUAGGGAGGAAGAGGCAAUGUAAACAAUAUUUAUUUAUAUCAAAAUUAGAUUGAGAAUUUCAACCUUAAUAUUUUCAAAGGAAGACUGUCAAAGAUAUUUGUAAACAAAGUUGAAUAUCUUGGUUAGGAUUUAUUUUAAUAUAUGAGUGAUUUAUGUUAAGUUCCUCGUCAAAAAUAAGAUGAAUAAAUAGUUUACUUUGUUAAAGAUUUACAAAUUUUUGAAGGUGACACAUCUCUUCAAUAUACAGUAAAUUAAUUUGGAAAUAAAUUCUGCCUUUCUGGAUGGAUUAAAUAUGAUACAUCAAAAGUGAUUUAAAAUUCUAUAUAACCUGUCAUUAGAAUAAGUCUUUUUAAAAAUUAUUCAGACAGAGAAAAAUUUGGAGAUGAAAUAUUCUUAAUGUAAGUUUAUUUUAAUAAACUUGUGCCUUCUUAUACUUAGAUUAUAAUUAAUUAGAAUUAUCAUAACAUCCCAAUCAUGGGACAUUUUGCAAAUUCUGAUCUAAUAUCUAUAUACUCUCAUCUUUUAUAUGACAUGUUUUCUGAUCUUUAUUAUUAAGGAUUACAGUAAUGGCAUUUUGUAAAAUAUGAAUAUGGCUCUUCAAUAGCUGGAAGAAGAAGUUUACUACAAAUUUAAUUCUUUAAUUAAUUAAAUGUUUAGGAAAUUUCAAGUGAUAUUUCUCUUCCAACUAAUUCCCCUUAUUAUGUAUAUUUGGGAUCAGAUGAGUUUGUGAAUGAGUUGCUAUGGGCAUCAAUUUUUGAUUUUAAAUUUGAAUAUAAUUACUUUGAUGAUAAGAUACUAUUAUUUAACGGUAUAAAUGAAUAUUUUGAUCUUUAGCUUGCCAUUACUCCUGCUUAACUUGUGAUGGACCACUUUAGAAUAAUUGUAUAAGUUGUGAACCUGGUUCUAAUAGAUAAUAUUUAAAUGAAUAAAAGAAAUGUUAAUGCCUUAAUAGUUAUAUCGAAAUUUCUGGAGAGACAGUUUGCCAAUCAUUUGAGUAUAAAUUCUCAUCAGUUGAGUUACUUUAAAGAACACAUGAAAUGACCCAAACUUGUUAAUUUGGAUAUUUUAUCUUUCCAAAUGAAUAAGGUUAAAUUGAUUGUUUAAAAUGGUAAAAUUAUAUUAAUUUUUAAGUCCAUAAUCAAAUUAUAUUGAUAUUUUAUGUGUAGAUUGUAUUUAUUAUCCAUUAAUAUGGUAUUUAAAGCCAAUUUGCAAAAUUGAUUUAAUAUCUUAUAAAUUAACACUUUAUGAUGCCUAUAAAUAUUCAGAAAGAGAUCAAUAUGAUUAUGAUUUCAACUUGAUUGACUAAAAUAGGUAGUUACUCCUUAAAUCAGGUUAUUUGGAGUAUUGUGAUUAAGAAUUAGAUUCCAUCAACUGUUUUUAAGCAAAUGAUGAACAUUUAGGAUAAACGAUUUAUGUCAGAUGUAAGCCUAAUUAUUAUUAAUUAAAUGGAGAUUGUUUACUCACAAAUAUUAAUUGUUUACAAGCAUCCAUAGAUGGAAGUUGCCAAAAAGUCAAAGAUGGUUUUUAUUUACAUGAUGGCAAUUAUUAUAAUUGCCCUAUAUAUUGUCUAACUUGUAUUUAUAAUAUUGAUUCCAACAUCCUAUAAUGUUAAUCUUGUAUUGAUCACUCUGCUUUAAAUGAUGGAAGUUGCCUUCCUUGUGGUAAUUAUUGUAGCACAUGUUUAAAAUAUUAUGAUAAGAAUAUUAAUAGAUCAUAUUUAAAAUGUUACAAAUGCAUAGAUGAAUCAAAAUAUUUUUUCUCUUUUGACGGAAUUAAUUGUUAAGAAAAUACCAUUAAUUACUGUGAUUAUGCCUUUUAGGCCAUGUCUUAUGAUUAUUAGAUUAAUACCCUUGAUCUUUAUUUUACACCAAGAGAUGAUUGGAAUAAUAUUAUCACAACUUGUGGGAGAUGUAAAUAUGGAUAUGUAAUAAUACUUGAUUCUUAAUUAUGCCUUCGAAUGUAAAGUUAAAUAUGCUAUUUUUCAUAUGCUAAAUAUGUUAUUACAGAUAGCAUAGAUUUUGCCACCCUAGAAUAUAAAAAUGAUGAUGGAGAUUAUUAUUAAACUCCAAAUGGAUUAAUAAUAAACACUGCAGCUGAUGAUUAUGGAUUUUACUUUACAUCACAAUAAUAUUGUUUGAUCUAUGAAGAUUAUUCAUAAGCCUCAAAAAUUAUUUAAUUUAGUUAGCAAUGCCCUGGAUUAAUUGAAAACUGUGCUACAUGUUUAAGAGAGAGAGUAUUAAAAUGGUCAAUUGUUCACAUUUGUCUUGAAUGUAAGAGUGGAUACUAUGCUGAAAGAAUAUCAGGUAAAUGUUAUUAAUGUCCAUCUGAAUUACAUUGCUAUAAUUGUGGUCAACAACAAAAAUUAUCAAAGGACUAUUGGAAAAUCCAAAUCCGAGCAUUUUAUUAAAUUGCAAUUAAUUUUGAUAAUAAUCAUCCUUUUAAACUUUAUGCAUAAAGUGAAGAAAAGGAUGAUUAUGAAAUUUUUUGUACUAUGUGCAUAAAAGGAUAUGAACUAUUGGAUUAAAAGUGCAUAAAAGUAUGUCCUGAGUCAUGUUUAGAAUGUUAAUAUAUCAAUGGUGAGAAUUAAUGUAUAAGAUGUGAAAUGGAUUAACAAGGUAGAAAACUUAGUUUAUAUGAUAAUCAAUGUAUCCCUUGUCCUAAAAAUUGUGGAUUAUGUAGAAUUAGAUCGCAAGAUGAAAUUUCAAUUAUAAAUCCUUUAUUCAAUAAUCAAAAUUACUUCAUGUAUACUUACCAGUGUUUAAAGAGCUAUGAAGAUUAAGACUAUUAUUAUGAUUAAGAAUUAGGAAACUUUAUUCAAUGUUCAAAUGGUGUAAGUUGUGAACAACAGAUCAUUAUUCCAAUAAAUUUGUAUUGCACUUAAUAAGAUUUUAUUUAGACUUUGAAUGAAAUUUAGUCAACUUAUCAAAAGCAUUAGUUUAAAUAAUAAAAUAUUCUAUUGUAAGAUCUUACUUCUGGAAAUAGCUUUAAAGAGGUAAUUAUAAAUGAUAAAAUUAAUGUAGUUUGAAAAUCAUGAUUUUUAUUUGUCAGCCAAUUCUAUGCUCAUUAAGACAAUCAUUAUUAAUGUUGUGAGUGUCAAACCACAAAUAUGCAGAAUUUAUGGAAAUGCAACAAUAUUGUAAAUUUUUAGUGAGAAUAUAUUUUCUACAAUGUAAAUUUUCAAAUUUAAACUAGAAAUGUUGAGCUAAAUAUCUUUUUAAAUUAAAAUACUAUUAUUGAAUUUGAAAGAACUAUUAAUUUCUAAAAUUUUAAUAAAAUAACAAUCUAAGGUGCUCAAUUCAAACCAAUCUAAAAUAAUAAAUUGAAAUAAAUUAUUUUUUAAAGUAAACUACCAUAAACAAUAAUUUUGGAUAAUUUUAAUUAUAAAUAAAUUUCAUAGGAAAAUGAUCAAUCUAAAUUUAUUUUUAAUGAUAUUAAGAACUUAGAAUUAAUCAAUUUCAAAAUAGAAGAUUUAGUACAAAAUAUUGUAAAUAUAUUUAUAUUAAUUGGGGAAACAUCUUAUACCAAAAUAAUAAAGCUUUAAUCUUUCGGGAUUUUUAAUUCUAUCUUUCUAAAUUAAAUUACUCUAUUUUUUAAUCUUAAUAAAAAUGAUAUCAUUUAAAUUGAAAAUUUAUAAGUUUUUGCAACAUUUUAAAACUCAACUUUAAUACAUACUAGUUUAUCAAAAUAAUUUGGAUCUCUUGUCGCUUAAACUAUAAAUCUCUAAGUAGAUGUACUUAACUGUUUAACCUUCUUAAACCUGUAUCUUUUUUAAAAAGUGACUAUUUAUGGCUUAAAAUUUUAGAACUCUAUUAUUAAGAAUUCAACUCUUAUGAUUUUAAAUAAUAGUAGCCAGAUACAUGAACUUAUCUUUAAAGUUUGUAAAUUUAGAGAACUAAGUUAUGGAGUUGUAAAUUCUGAUUAACUUUAAUUGAGUAAUUCACAAAUCGAAUUUUUUAAUGUAAUAAUAGAGUAGAAUGAAUAUCAUCAAACUACAAAAUUUCUUCUAUUUGAUAAAUACAAUAAUGUAAAUUCAAAAAUUUAGAUUAGAAAUAUAUUGAUAUCUAAUAAUUAUGUCUCCUUUAUUUCUCCUGAAUUUUAAUUGAAUACUUAUACCUCCUGUUUAAUCUAUAUUUCUUUUGAUUACAUAAACAUUUUAGAGCUAAACUUAAUUCGAGGUGUUGGAUUAAUAGAUAUCAGUAUAGUUGAGGCUAAAUCAUUAAGAAUAGAGUCUAGUAAAAUUACAUAAGUUGAUGAAUUUAAAUUUCUGGGGCUUCAUUAAUAUAUUGAUUGUUAAUUACAAUAAGUUUAGGGUGAAUAUUAUUUAUAAUCACUCUUAGUUACUUCAGUACUUUAUUUUGAAAUUAUUGACAUGCAAAUUAAAUCAACCUAUUCAUACAAUUCACCAAUUAUAUAUUAUAAAUCAUCUGACAAAGUUUUAAAACAAUAAUUUGAAGUAAUUCAUUUUUAGAAUUUUAUUGUGGAAUCAAAUUUAUAACUUUUAUCCAAUUAGAAAUAUUAAACUGCAAUUAUUUUUAUAGAUUCAAUUCAAUAGACAACUCUAAAACUAUUAAAUAUUACAUUUCUUGGCAAUAUUUUGCAUGAAUAUUUUUAGAAUAGUCUUUAAAUCUCUUCUUUACUUUUAAAUAUAAAUUGUAUUUUGGGAAUAGUCAAUAUAACAAACUCAAAAUUUCUAUAAAAUACUGUUUACAAUAGUACUGAUACAAUAAUUUACAUUAAGAGUCAGAAAUUAGUAUUAUUAAAUUGUACAUUUUAUUAGAAUAGUUAUUUUAAUUAUUAAUUAAUUUAACCUUAUUUAUUAUGGGGAUUUUUAGAAUCUGAAGAAGUAUCGUAUGAACAAAUAAACUAGAUUUUCUAAGUUAAAUCUACUUCUGGAGUUGCUUAAAUUUUGGUAGAGAAUUUAGAAAUUUAAUUUUGUUAUUUUUAAUAAUCUGUAGGAUUCUCUGGGGGAGCAUUGUUGAUUGAAGCUUAAAAAGAUAGUGUUAUAUAAAUUUAAUAUACUACAUUCAAAGAUCUUUCUACUACUUAUUCCUAAGAGUUAGGAUUUGGAGGAGCUAUAUAUUUAGAUGGUACAUCAACAUAGUCUCUUGAAGUUUCUUUUUAUCAAAUUUAGAUCCAAAACAUCACAGCUAAAGAAUCAGGAGGCUUCAUUUACAUCUUAUCUGAUUCUCCAAAAGUAACUAUUAAAUUUUAGAAAUUGAAUAUUCAAAAUGUUUUUGCUAAGUUUGGAUCCAUCCUACAUGUAACUUUUUCUUUUGCAUCUUAAGUUUCUUAAUCUGUAAAUUUAAAAUCAGUUGUUAUCUAAAAUAAAAAAGAAGGUUUUAUCAAUUUCUUAAAUAAAUAUACUUAAAUUUCUAAAACAGAAGAAAUAGCUAUUAUUAAUAACAGAGUCUUAUUUUAUAUUCAUUCAGCUAGCAAUAUAGUCAUUUAAAAUAUAACAAUUAGCAAUUCCAUCUUGGAAUCUAUAUUGCAAAUUAAUUAUGCUUUAUCUGUUUCAAUUUAGAAUUUUUAAAUAUCAAAUAGUAUCAUAAGUAAAUUCCUUUUCAAAUUGAAUUCAAAAUAAUGUAAUUAUAUUUUUAUUAUACUAGAUCUAUACAAUACUAUUUAGAUUAGUGGUUUGAUAAUAUCAAAUAUUACAGUGUCAUUAUAAUUAAAGAGAUAUAGUUGCUAAUAAUAAAAUUAUUAGGAAUAAACAAUCUUUUUUAAAUGCAUUUAAAAUUUCAAAAAUUCAAAAGCACCAUUAAAUUUGUUUUCAUAAUCUAUAUAAUAAAUAACAUACGGUGAUUGCUUAUUAUCUUAGAUAUUAUAAUAAAGUGGAUAAGAAAAUAAUUUUUUAAAUGAUAACACAUAGUCUGGAAUGCUAUUAUUUUUAGACCUUACAGACUCAUCUUAAAUUAAACUAGAUAAUAUUUUAUUUUCAAAAAUAGAUUGCAAAUUUUGUUAGUAUGGUUUAAUAUACUAAUCCUUUUUGAAAGUUGAAAAUCUUUUAAUGAAAUAAUGCAUUUCAGAACUCAAAAUAACAAAUUCUUCAUGUGGGAUUAAUGGUUGUUUUUAUAUCUUUAAAGAGAGUUCAAAUUCAUUUCGAUUACUUAAUAAUUAAGAAAUGUAUUUGUAAUCUCUAAAUUUUGAAAUUUUUAUUGAUAAUUAUAUUUGCCAAUUCAACAGAGCUCAAAAUGGAACUUGUUUAAUUGCUGAAAAUAUAAGAGUAUUGAUUAAAGAUUCUAUUUUUCAAUUCAAUCAUGCCUCAGAAACAGGAGGUGCUAUUUUAGUUAAGAUGAAACAAGAUGUCUUUAUAAUAAAUAGUUGGAUUUCAAAUAAUGAAGCUUAAAUUGGAGGUGGAAUUUAUUUGAUUAAUUAAUAAGAUAUGGAUUAUUAAUCUCUUGGAACUAUUUUCAUUAACAACUAAGCUGGAUUUUUUGGAAAUGAUAAAGCAUCGGAACCUCAAAAAUUAACAAUUACUUUUGAUGAUGAAAACUCAAAAUUAUAAACUCUAACGAUUGAAAAGACACAAGAUUCAUUAAUUUAAUAAGUGAUAGAUUUAUCUCUUGAAGAUGUUUAAAAAUCAUAUUUUUUCUUACCAAGUGGUCAAAGAAUAUCACAUUAUAAAUACUUUUCUUAAGAAGAUAGAUCUUAUUAUCCUUUUAAUUAUAAGUUUAGAUUAAUGGCAUUGAGCAAAGACAAUAGUGUAAUUAAAAAUCUAAAGAACUCAUAUUGUGAAAUAGAGAGUAGAAUUUUAAAUACAUCCAAUAUUAAUGAUCAAUAAUUAUUUAGUAAUAAUCUAACUAAUAUGUAAAAUAUAAGUUUUAAUGAAUCAACAUAAGAUUAUAAUUUAGAUGAUUUUAUUGUCUAUUUUGAUAAUGCCUUGCCUUCAGAAAUAGUAUUAUCAUUAUAAUUUAAAUGUAAUUCAAUUAUAAUUCCUAUAUACAAUUCAUAAUAUCCAUUCAAUCAGAUAAACCAUCAUUCUAAUUAUAAAUUAAGAGUUAAUAUUAAAACUUUGAAUUGUUAAUAUGGAGAGAUAAAAAAUAAUAGUGAUUUUUCAUGUGUUCCUUGUAAUAGUGAUUAAGGUCUUUUUUCUUUAAAACUUAAUUCUUAAAAGUGUGAAUAUAAAGAUGAUAUUUCAACAAUAAGUGUAGAAUCAGCUUUAUUAAAUUUAAAAUUUGGUUAUUGGAGACCAUAUUUUUAAAGCAACAUAGUCAAUUAUUGUAUUAAUUAACCUGAAAAUUGCUUAGGAGGUUGGUAAGAGGGGAACGAUUCUUGUUUUUUAGGACAUAUUGGAGCAUUAUGUGAAUAAUGUGAUUUAUAUAAUACAAGAGGUGAUGGAGAAUAUUCAAUGAGUUAGAAAUAUGCUUGUGGAUCAUGUCAAGAGAAAUAGAAAAAUGUAAUUAUUAUAAUUUGCGUAAGUAUAUGGUAAAAUUUAUUAUUAAUUAUUUAAGGACUUUAAUUUCUAUAUUAGUGUCAGUUCAAAGUAAUUUAAAAACAAUUGAAAAAUUUGUUAAAAUUAUUAGCAUUAUUUUUUUAGGUUUAACAGUUCAAUAAACUAACAAUCAAUCUGGAAUAUUGAUAAAGAUGUUAACAAAUUAUUUAUAAAUAAUUUCAUAAAUUGCUACAUUUUAAUUAAAAUUCCCUAGUGGAUUUCAAAGUACAAUUAAUACAGUUGGAUCUCCAAUAUAGAGUAUGAUUUAUUCAUUAGAUUGCUUUUUAUCUCAUAUAUUUACAUUCGAGAUCUAAUAUGGGAGGAUGAUUUGGUAAAUAAUUAUUCCAUUCAUUUAUAUCAUAUUCUUUUUUCUAUGUUAUUAUUUUGCAGUCAAAUUUAAGUUUGCAACUUUUAAUCGAAGUGUCAUUACAACAACCCUCAUAUAUAUGUACAUAUAUUUACACCCAAGUUUGAUUGGAGGAUUUGUUCAACUAAUUUCGUAUAGAGAGAUCUCAGGUUAUAAAUGGAUUUAAUCAAAUGUUUCCUAGAGAUUUGAUACUCCUGAUCAUGAAAAAUGGAUGAUUCGACUUUGUUUACCUAUGCUUGUAGUUCUUGCAAUUAUUAUUCCAAUAUCUUUCUUUUAUAAUCUUUAUAGUAAUUCUCACUAAUUAAAUGAUAAAAAGGUAAGACUUUAAUGGGGUUAUCUAUAUAAUGAAUAUACUAAAACUGCUUACUUUUGGGAAGUUAUCAAAAUAUCACAAAAAGAAUUAAUGAUCAUCUUCUUGACAUAUUAUGAGGAUAGUAUAAUUUUAAAAGCAACACUUAUUUCACUCAUUUUAGGAGUUUAUUUAGAAUUAAGUUUAAAAUAUAAACCAUAUAAUCUAAAUAGUCUCAAUAAAUUAGAUUAAUAUUCUACAAAUGUUUGCUUAGCUUCAAUCGCUCUAGCCAUCGGUAUCUAUGUUUCAGAAUAAUCAAAUUAACAAGAAAUACAAAUACCUUAUGUUAUUAUAAUUUCAAGUUUGAAUCUUCAUAUUACAUAUAAACUAAUAUCCAAGAUUCUAGUAGAAUACUUGAAGGAAAAGAUAAGCAAUAUUGAUGAAAAUCUGGAUAAACUUAGGUAAUUUAUUAGAAAUACCCUCCCUUUUCUAAAUAAUAUUGCAUUUAUGAGAAGAAUAUUAGCUGACCGCUCUAAAUAGCGUAAUCGAGUUGCUCUUUUGUAUAAUAAACUAAAACAAUUUUUACUCCCUUAAGCUAAAUAAAUAAUAAUCUUUAAAAAUUACUAAUUGCAAAUUGCCAGAUAAAAAUACAGUAAACAAAAUAUUGCUACUCUUCCUUUAAGUCUUGGAAGUCCAGUCCUAGCUAAAGAAUCGAAUUAAUUAAUAAAAACAUCAAUUUUAGAUAGUUCCUUACAUUAUUCUAAAAAUACAAUAACAACUUUUGUUAUUGAAAAAAUGUAUUAUAUAAUUUUAUGAAAAAUUAGUAAAUAGAAUCGAGUUGACUAAAUGGCAGAAAUUUUUCAUAAUCAAAUUUAAAGAUCUUAAAAAGCAACUCCAAAUUUAUAAAGUGAAAAGUAUAUUAAGGAUGACAGCGAAGAGUGA